AUGUCCAACACUGGCCCAGCGACCGGACCCAGCGUUCCCCCGGCGACCCCCCUCACGCCGUUCUACCCCAAGUACGCCAAGCCAUCGGUCUCUUACCCGACCGACAACCUCGAGCCCCUCUCGUACAUUGCCGAACCCAACGGCACAGGCAAGACGGUGUACAACCCUCCUCGUCCGGAUGGCAAGAAGAGCCCGCACUACGACGCCGUCUGGAACGGCGAGGGUGGGGAAGAGUCCAAGCCGUGGUGGGACUUCCAUAUCUACCACCUCCCUCUUAGCCCCCAGCAUGUCGAGCACGCCCAUGCGCUGUACGCGGCCGUGAGGAGGGAGUUCCCCGAGCUUCCCACCUAUCGCUUCUGGGACAAGCCUCUCGGACCUCACCCCAUCCCGAUGUUCGAGGUCAACGCAAGGACACCACAUGAACUCGGCGCCCUGUUCUCGUGGUUUGUCGCCAACCGUGGACCCUGCAGCGUCCUCAUCCACCCAAACACUGGCAACGACGUCGUUGACCACACGACCCACGCGACUUGGAUCGGAGACAAGGUGACGUUGGACGUCGACAUGCUCCGUGCCUAUCAGAGCGCUGUCGAGGCCAAGGCUGCCAAGUGA